AUGAAGUUUUCGGGAGCCAUCUUAACUGCUGGUUUAUUCAUUGCUGGUAAGUUUUCUUAAAUACCGAUUGUUUGAAUUACUAAUUGGUUAAACAUUGCCCUAUUAUUACCUUAGUCAGAUGUUUUUGGUAUGACAUUUAAUUCUACUUCAUAUUUUGCCAAAUUUCAAAUGGACAAUUUUUUUUUUUAUAUUACUGCUAAUAAAUGUAUUUAUUUCAUCGAUAUUCUCAGACAUUUUAUUUGACAUAUUGUUGACUUUAAAACUCUAAGUAAAGAAUUGGAAUCGUUCGUCACGCGUGUUGAGUGGAGAACGUACCUCGACCAAUUAAAAACUAUUGUUUGUAAUUUAAAGACUUUUCUUACCAAGAAAAAGUAAUGCAUUGAAAUAAAAAUCAUUAACUUAAAAUUGUGAUCACAACUUCCUCCACUGAAAAUUUAGCGUCGACUUAAACAAACGAUUUGAUUUGGAUUUUAAUCUGUUAUUAAUGUUUUGGCGGAUAUUUGCAAGAAACGUAAAUGCAGUUUUUCCCUUUCCAUUUUCCUGUUAAAGAGGAGACACAGUUUUUUUUUAAAGAUGACUACUAACUUGAAUGUCAUGUAGCGCGUUAUAUCCCAUUUUAAAAGAACGGUUAUUCUGUAAUUGCGAUGUGCAUUUAGUAUGUGUAAACGAUUCUAAUAUCCAAAAGUGUAUUUAAAAAAAAUAUUUAAUGAUGCUUUUAAAAACGGUCUUUUUAUAUUUGCAUUCUCUAAAUCGUUUGAUUCGUAUAAACCAGUGAUCCCGAUAAACCAGUGAUCCCCAUAAACCAGUCAUCCCAAUAAACCGGUGAUCCCAAUAAACCAUUGAUCCCUAUAAAUCAAUGAUCCCAAUAAACCAGUGAUCCCAAUAAACCAGUGAUCCCAGUAAAAGGGGCCUAAUGUAAUUUCGACCUCAAAAGUUUAUAGUUUUCCAAAUUAUUUUACACUUUCAGUUUGCGCUCAAAUGCAACCUAUCGUGGACAAAACAUACGUUCCUAUUGGAGGGAUGUUCACAGUAACCUGUGAUGCCAAUCGCUUUCCUCCUGGUUCUAUUCCUUCACAUUUGAAUGCGAUCGCCGAGUUGAGUAUUGACAGAUGUGUGGGCAAAGAACCCAGAGAGACGAUUGCUGUGUACUUGCCGUAUCCAUUUCCUAGCUACUCCAAUGUGUCCAAGGUCAGCGAAUAGUUUGCAUAUAUCCUUGGGCAUCGCUUGAGAUAAGUCAUUUCCUGGUUACUCCAAUGUGUCCAAGGUCAGCGAACAGUUUGCAUAUAUCCUUGGGCAUCGCUUGAGAUAAGUCAUUUCCUGAGAGUUGUCAAAUAAAUGUUUGAGCUUUAACAACGGUAUAUGUAUUGAGUUACGGGUUUUAUUCUGCUCGGCUUCAGCUGAUAGGAACUUUUCCACGAGAUGAAUUUUCUAAGACAGCUAUUUUUACUUAGUUGUCCACUGUGUAUCGUAUUCCAUGCAUUGAAUUAAACUGUUAAUAAUUGAUCAUCUUUCACAUUUUUUAAAAACUUUUGACAGUUUUAGUGAAAACAAUCAACACUAUUAACAUUAGCAAGGCCAUUUAUUCAACGACUCUAUUAAAGUCAAACCAUACCCUACCAUGAUGUUUUCCAUCGUGCCGGUCCGCACACAAUGAGAAAAUAAAAUAAUUCAUAACUAUUGCUGUGGGGCCUGGUGCAGUGAGCAACGUAUUCACCGGACCAAUCAGUUCAACUUAAACGUUAGGGAACACUGACUUAGAUCCAUGAUGGAACUAACUAAUAUAGUUUGCUAUUAUAAGUUUCAAAUAAACACUUUGCUUUUUAAGAUGACCGGGUUUUUUUUUUCCAUUGUGUUUUUUAGUUUAUUCCAACCGGAAGAAACUGGAUCGUUGAAGCGUCUGGGGGAAUUCCGUCCGGUGACCCUCCGAUCAACAACAAAGCUACCAUAAAGAUUGAGUUGGUUGUCAAGGAUGCCAAAUGCUCUGAUGCCGGCAUAUACAGUUGCAAUGCUUCUUACCUCACAUUAAGUACCGGGACAGUAAAGAUUUCGAAUUCUCAUGAUUUAAAGAGUAAUGUUUUCAAUUUGUCAUUUGUUUAA